CUCAAGUCUCGUGCUUGAAGGAUACAGUCCGAGUGAGUCAGGACAGCUUAAACCAAAGCGUUUUUUUUUUUCUUUUUCUUUUUAUUUUCUUCUUCGUUCAUCUUCUCCCCCGGACAGGACAGCUUAAACCAAAGAUGGAGAAUCUAACAACCCUGGUUUCUUGCUCUUCUUCUCCCAAGCUCUUAAUCGGAGGCAAUUUCACUUCCUCUCUUAAACCCCCUGUAGGGUUUUCCCGCCGGACUCCUAAAAUUCUCCUCCGUCGCUCCAAAACCUCCGCCUCCUCCGCGCAAUCUCACUCUCCAUCUGAGAACGCUGGAGAAAUUGUGGUAGUGAAACACAAGACGAAAGCUUUUGCAAGUAUUUUUUCUUCGACAAGUGAUAAACAGACAACCUCUGUUGCUUCCCCUAGCGCAGCUGUGCCACCACCGUCAUCUUCAUCAACCAUAGGAUCACCACUUUUCUGGAUUGGUGUUGGGGUUGGGCUAUCAGCUUUGUUCUCAUGGGUAACGUCAAACGCAAAGAAAUAUGCAAUGCAAACAGCUAUGAAGACAAUGAUGAACCAGAUGAAUACGCAAAACAGCCAGUUUAAUAAUCCUGGAUUCCCAACAGGGGCAGGAGCAGGAUCAGGAUCACCUUUUCCGUUUCCAUUUCCUCCUCAAACAAGUCCUACUACCUCUCCGUUCCAGCCUCAAUCCCAGUCUUCAGGUGCUACUGUUGAUGUGACAGCUACAAAAGUAGAUAGGCCUCCUGUGUCUAAGCCACAACCUACACCUAUACCUCCUACAAAGAGCAUAGAAGUGUAUAAACCAAGUGUUGUCGUAGAGGAAGACAAAGCGAUGAAAGAAGAAAAGAACUACGCCUUUGAAGACGUUUCCCCUGAGGAAACCACAAAGGAAAGUCCAUUUAGCAACUAUGAAGAAGUCUCUGAAACUAGUGCCCCCAAAGAAACUCGCUUAUUUGACGAUGUUCUGCAAAAUGGAGCUGCUCCGGCCAAUGGUGCCACUGCUUCAGAGGGUUUUCAAUCUUUGGGCGCUGGGAAAGGAUGGGCUGGUGGGUCAGUAGAAGUUUUAGAGAAAAUGAUAGAAGAUCCCACAUUUCAGAAGAUGCUUUACCCACAUUUGCCUGAGGAGAUGAGGAACCCAGAAACUUUCAAAUGGGUGCGUAAGAAUCCUCAAUACCGUCAACAGCUACAGGACAUGUUGAAUAAUAUGAGUGAGAGUGGUGAAUGGGACAAGAGAAUGACGGAGACCUUAAAGAAUUUUGACCCGAAUAGCCCCGAAGUUAAGCAAGGAUUCGAUCAAUUAGGACUGACUCCAGAAGAAGUCAUCUCUAAGAUAAUGGAGAACCCUGAUGUUUCAAUGGCAUUCCAGAAUCCUAGAGUCGAAGCAGCGUUAAUGGACUGCUCAGAGAACCCGAUGAACAUCAUGAAGUACCAAAAUGACAAAGAGGUAAUGGAUGUGUUCAACAAGAUAUCGCAGCUCUUCCCAGGAUUGACGGGUUGAAAAGGCUCGCUGAUCACGUCUUUUGGUUUUAUGACUUUUAUCUUAUUGGAUCAGAGGUUCAUGUCUUUCUUUAGCUUUGUAGGAGUGAGAAAAAAAAAACAUGUUUUGUUUUGUUAACAAAGAUGGUUCAGUUUUGCUCAUAUCAGAGAAGAUCUAUUGUUGUAUAACCGUAUUUAUCCAUCUACAUCUCUAUAUAUCGAAUAACGGGUUUGUGCC